AUGUUUGGGGUAUCCUCGAGCGCCUCGCCUCCACUAUGGAGGUCUACAGGGAGAGGAGUAGGAGGAGGGGGCACUUGCGGACGAUGUUGGCAAGGACUAGUGGCCGUGGCGGCAACGGAAGGCUCGCUGAAGUCGUCGAACGAGGCAGACAAGCAGGUUCCCUCUUGGCUUAGAAAUUCUGGUUCGAGAAUUUCUGGGUGUGACAUGCACCCAGGCUCAGACGAGCCGCCGCCCUGGGCACACAAGGGCGGCAACGGGGGACAGCAAAAGCCCGUCGCUAUCCAGCUACCCUUCUACGCCUACCUGCUCACCUCUGCCAUCACCUUCAUCAUCGUUAUUGGGUCCAUCUUCGAGUACGUGAACCAGCGGCCGGUGGUCGGCGUGGUGAGCUCCGACAGCGCCCUGUACGUGUUGCUCCUAGGGUUCUUCGUCUUCACCAGUGUCGGAGGAUGA